AUGCCACAGAAGGACGGGUGUGCGGCGCUUGCGGGCGUUGGACCCGGGUGCGAGGCCUCGGCUGCAUGGGGACAAGCCUAUGCUUCUUACCGUGGCCAUGGGUCAUUGCGUGCGGCCGUGUCAGGUACCUCAAACGGGCUUUCGGAACGGACAUCGCGUGUCGUGGAUGGCACAACGUGGUCUUGUAUUCGUGCGUUGGAGAGUGAUGUGUGA